AUGUCUUUCUCGGCAGACAAGGUCAGCCACCUCAAGGGAGCUUUCUCCCAGAGGCGAUUUUCGAGUUCCAAGGAUCCGAGCGAGAGUGAACUCGGUUCGUCCAUCCAUCGCCAGUUCCGUCAAUCGCACGAAGGUCACAAGCCCCACGCCGGUCUUGACGCUACGCGCGCUUCCACAGGUGUCGUAUGGACGUCAGAACAAGCAUACAAGCACGGUUUCCUCGAACAUCCGGAAGAAUGGGCAAACCUGGGUCAGGGAGCGCCCGAGGUCGACGAUAGCAUCAAAGGCUGCUUUGAGAGGCCAAAGGAGGUUGAUAUCAGUGCUCAUGGCAGAGAGUACGGUCCGACUGCUGGUAUCAGGCCGCUGAGAGAGGCGGUCGCGACACUAUACAACGAGCACCACCGCAAGUGGCGCAAGAGCCAGUACACAUGGGAGAAUGUGUGCAUUGUGCCUGGUGGACGUGCGGGUUUGAUCCGUAUCGCUGCUGUGCUGGGCAACUGCUACUUGGGCUUCUUCAUUCCUGAUUACACUGCAUACAACGAGAUGUUGUCGCUUUUCCGUAACAUCGCUGCCAUUCCCGUUCCGCUAGGCGAAGCAGACCAAUACCACAUGUCACCCGACAAGAUUGCCGAGGAAAUCGCCCGCGGUACAUCUGUUAUUCUUACAUCGAACCCGCGUAAUCCCACAGGUCAGAUGGUCACCAACCCCGAACUCGCACAGAUUCAGAACAUCUGCCGCGACCGCGCAACCCUCAUCAUGGACGAGUUCUACUGCGGCUACAACUACACCACCAACUGCGACGGCACCGUCAUUUCCGCCGCAGACAACGUCGAAGACGUCGACGAGGACGACGUGCUCAUCAUCGACGGUCUAACCAAGCGCUUCCGUCUUCCCGGAUGGCGUGUAGCAUGGGUCAUUGGCCCCAAGGAAUUCAUCCAGGCCAUCGGCUCCUGCGGUUCCUACCUCGACGGUGGCUGCAACGUGCCCUUCCAAGAAGCCGCCGUAGAAAUGCUAUCUCCACCCCGCGUUCGCAACGAGAUGCGCGCGCUACAAAUGCAUUUCCGGACCAAGCGCGACUACGUCAUUGGCCGUCUCCAGGAAAUCGGCUUCAAGUUUCCCUACAUGCCUAACUCGACGUUUUACCUGUGGCUCGAUUUGAGCAAUCUACCCGAGGGCAUCAACGAUGGAUUGAACUUCUUCCAGGCUUGUCUCGAGGAAAAGGUUAUUGUUGUGCCGGGCAUCUUUUUCGACUUGAACCCGAGCAGGCGUAGGGAUCUGUUUGACUCGCCUUGCCAUCACUUUGUCAGGUUGAGUUAUGGACCGAGGAUGGAUGUGUUGGAGAAGGGGUUGGAUUCUAUUGCGAGAAUCGUUCAGAAGUACAAGGAUGAGCCGCAGAAGCACCGUGCUGUGUCGCACAGGCCGAGGGGUACUGGUGCGCCUAACUAG